UCGUUUCCAGUCGGACCUCUCCUAGCGCUGCACAAAACAUGGAGGACUGUGAAACAUUUUGUGAUGAGCAGUGAGAAUGACUUUCAACUUUGGCCAAAUUAAUGCGUGUUCUUCCACGAAUAAGCAAUUUUAAUAUCGGAAUGUAGGUAGGCCUGAAAUCUUCAAGAGAAGAUGUUCUCUUCCCGGCUUUAUUUGUUACUCCAUCCCGGGACUCAGCUUUGCAGAGCUCACCUGCGAAGUGUCCAUAAAUUUGCUUCACUUCAAAAAACCACAUCACUACCUCCAAAGAAAUUCCAAAGCUUAGUUUACCCCUUUAGUGAUUUGGAGGCUUACCUGGACCGCUCUGUGGACAGGACACCAUUCCAACUCUUUCAACCUAGUUUUGAGGACAUGUUGAAAGCAGAGAAACUGUUUUAUUCUUCCCCAUCUCAUAAGAUUGAUUAUUACAUCUCUGCAGAAAGGAUGGAGCAUGUUCCUGCGUUAAAACCACCAGAGGUGUGUUUCAUCGGUAGAAGCAACGUUGGGAAGUCGUCCCUUAUCAAAGCUCUGUUUGCCCUGACACCAGAAGUAGAAGUCCGCGUCUCCAAAAGUCCGGGUCACACUAAGAAGAUGAACUUCUUCAGAGUUGGAAAAUCAUUCACCAUCGUGGACAUGCCAGGCUAUGGACACAGAGCCCCUAGAGACUUUGUGGAUAUGGUAGAGCCAUACCUUUACACCAGGAAAAACCUGGUGAGGUCGUUCCUGUUAGUCGAUGGAAGUGUCGGUCUUCAGACGGCGGAUUUGAUUGCUCUGGAGAUGUGUGAAGAGGUCAAAUGUCCUUAUGUGAUUGUGGUGACAAAGAUCGACAAAUGUAAACAAGGGACUCUGCUAACAAACUUGAUGAAUCUUCAGGAUGUGGUCAAAACUCAGACCACGAGCUGCUUCCCCCAACCUUUCCUUGUCAGCUCCCCUAACUUUUGGGGAAUCUUCCUCCUGAGAUGUUUUAUCACCCAUGUGACAGGAAGCAUCACGUUAAUGGAUACUUCUCAAAGAUGACAGUGAGCCAGCUCAGACUCAAGGAGAGUAAACAGGACUCAUCAAAUCCACAUACCUGGAUUACAAACUUCACAUGUAACACUGCUCUGCUUCAGAGGCUUUUAUUUUCUAAUAAAAUGUGAAAAACUUU